UCUCCUAAAAAGAGAUCUUGUUGCUAUUUAAAGUCUCAAAACCACAGGUUACUAGUACUAAUAUUUGCACUAAUGGAGAAAGCCUUUACUAUUUUUCUCUUAACAAUACUCUUGUUGCUUCACUAUGUUAUGACCGAAACCAACAUUACUACUGAUCAGUUAGCUCUUCUUUCUUUAAAAUCUCAAAUCAUUUCGGAUCCCUUUCACUUCUUGAAUGAAAGCUGGUCUCCCGCUAUUUCUGUUUGUCGUUGGGUAGGAGUCACUUGUGGUUCUCAUCACCAUCGAGUGAAGUCCUUGAAUCUUUCCAACAUGGCUCUUACAGGCAGGAUUCCCCGUGAUUUUGGAAACCUCACAUUUCUUGGUUCUCUUGACUUGGGAAGCAACAAUUUCCAGGGAUAUUUGCCUCAAGAAAUGGCAUAUUUGCAUCGGCUUAAGUUUCUUGAUUUAAGUUUCAACAACUUUAGAGGGGAAAUUCCUUCUUGGUUUGGGUUUUUACACCAACUUCAAGAUCUAAAUCUUGGAAAUAAUAGUUUCAUUGGUUCCAUCCCUUCUUCAUUCUCUAAUAUUUCCACACUUGAGACUUUGAAUCUGAAUUUCAAUUCCAUAGAGGGUGAAAUCCCAGAAGUGAUUGGAAGUCUUAUAAACCUGAGAGUUUUAAGCUUGUAUGGAAAUAAUCUCAUAGGUUCUAUUCCUCCAUCACUCUCGAAUGCCUCAAGGCUGGAGGCAUUAGAUUUAUCUCGUAAUUUACUUCAAGGGAACAUUCCAGAAGGGAUUGGCAAUCUACACAAGAUGAAAUUGUUGUCCAUACAACAUAAUAAACUUGCGGGUUCUAUACCGUUCACAAUUUUCAAUAUUUCUAGAAUCGAAUUCAUUGCAUUUACAGACAAUAGCUUAUCAGGAAAUCUUCCCAAUGGUUUAUGCAACGGUCUCCCAAUACUCAAAGGGCUUUAUCUAUCCACAAACAAACUUCGUGGUCAUAUGCCUACAAGCCUGUCAAAUUGUUCACAACUUCAAAUAUUGAAUUUAUCAGGCAAUGAGUUUGACGGACGAAUACAUAGUGAAAUUGGAAGAUUGAGUAAUUUGCAGAUAUUGUAUCUUGGAUCUAACCAUUUCACAGGAAUAAUUCCACAAGAGUUAGGAAAUCUUGCUAAUUUGGCGGAUUUAGGCAUGGAGGAUAACCAGAUUAGCGGCUCUAUCCCGAUCAACAUAUUCAAUAUCUCCUCACUGCAACGUUUUGGACUAUGGCGGAACAAUCUCAAGGGAUCCUUACCACGAGAGAUUGGCAACUUAACCAAGAUACAGAUUCUAGAUCUUAGAGAAAAUACAUUUAUUAGUGAAAUACCCAAAGAGAUAAGCAAUAUGAUGGAGUUGGAGGUACUUAGUCUCGGGUUAAAUAGUUUCAGUGGUUCACUUCAAAUAGAGAUGUUCAACAGUACUUCACGCUUGAGGAUAAUUUCUCUUACAAACAAUAAUCUAUCAGGAACUCUACCAUCAAGCAUAGAUUCUGUCUUACCCAACAUUGAAGAGCUUUAUUUGGGUGUCUUAACAAAUCUUGUUGGGACUAUUCCUCAUUCUAUUUCCAAUUGUUCAAAACUUACUAUCUAGAGCUUUCAAAUAAUAAACUUACUGGCUUGAUUCCCAAUUCUCUUGGAUAUUUGGCUAAUCUACAGUUCCUAAACUUGGCAGCAAACAAUUUAACAAGUGACUCAUCGUUUAGCUUCCUCACUUCCUUAACCAAUUGUAGAAAUUUAACAAUUCUUUUUCUAUCUUUGAACCCGUUAAACGGCAUGCUUCCAGUAUCUGCAGGGAACCUUUCCACUUCUCUUACAAUGUUUUACGCCAGUUCUUGCAAUAUUAAAGGGCGAAUUCCAAAUGAAGUUGGGAACUUAAGCAACUUAUUAGAGCUUGAUCUUUCUGGAAACAACCUGGUUGGAUCAAUUCCCACAUCAAUUGGCAACUUGAGAAACCUUCAGCGCUUCAACUUGAGUUACAACAAACUUACAGGAUUUAUUGGAGAUAACAUUUGUAAAUUGCAGCAUUUGGGUGCUAUUUACUUGGGACAAAAUCAACUUUCAGGAUCUCUUCCUAAUUGUUUAGGGAAUGUUACUUCCCUUAGAUUGAUACAUCUUGGUUCCAAUAAAUUGAUUUCCAAUAUACCACCAAGUUUAGGGAAUCUUAAGGAUUUAAUGGAGCUUGACUUAUCCUCAAACAACAUGGUUGGUUCUUUACCACCAGAAAUUGGAAAUCUAAAAGCUGUGACACAUAUGGAUCUGUCGAUGAAUCAAUUCUCAAAUGGAAUUCCUAGGGAAAUUGGAGGAUUGCAAAAUCUGGUGCAUCUUUCUUUGAGACACAACAAGUUGCAAGGAUCUAUACCUGACUCAGUGAGCAACAUGGUAGGUUUGGAAUUCCUAGACAUUUCUCAUAAUAAUAUAUCAGGAACCAUUCCUAUGUAUAUGGAGAAACUUCAAAACCUGAAGUAUUUCAAUGUUUCUGUCAACAAGCUGUACGGUGAAAUACCCUCGGGGGGUCCUUUCAAGAACCUCUCGAGUCAAUUUUUCAUCGACAAUGAAGCAUUGUGUGGUUCUUCAAGGUUUAGUGUCCCACCAUGCGCCCACAUCAUCAAAGCAUAGAUCAAAUAGGAAAAAAAUGCAUGUUCUAUUUCUUGUGCUGGGAAUUGCACUUGUAUUUGUUCCUAUUACCUUUGUGUUUGUAUGGAUAAGGUAUAGAAGAGGUAAAAGUGAUCCUCAACAAGCAGACUCAUUGUCUACCGUCACAAGAGAAAGAAUUUCAUACUAUGAACUGCUCCAAGCAACUGAGUCGCUUAGCGAGAGUAAUCUGAUUGGUUCUGGAGGUUUUGGCUCUGUUUACAAAGGUGUUCUCAGAAGUGGGACUGCCAUUGCAGUUAAAGUGUUCAAUCUGCAACUGGAAGCGGCAUUCAAGAGUUUUGAUACAGAAUGUGAAGUUUUGCGCAGCCUUCGCCAUAGGAAUCUCGUGAAAGUCAUCACUAGUUGCUCCAACCUUGAUUUUAAGGCUUUAGUGCUCGAGUAUAUGCCUAAUGGAAGUCUUGACAAGUAUUUGUAUUCGCACAACUACUUCCUAGACAUCAGGCAGAGACUAAGCAUUAUGAUAGAUGUUGCAUGUGCUUUGGAAUAUCUUCAUCAUGGAUGCUCCUCUCCGGUGAUUCACUGUGACCUAAAGCCUAGUAACGUCUUGCUGGAUGAGGAUAUGGUUGCCCACCUAAGUGACUUUGGUAUUUCAAAACUGCUUGGUGAAGAUGAGAGUGAUUUAUACACUAAAACGUUAGCAACAUUUGGUUAUAUUGCACCGGAGUAUGGACUGGAUGGACUGGUGUCAAUAAAAUGUGAUGUCUAUAGUUACGGGAUCAUGUUGCUGGAAACGUUUACUAGGAGAAAGCCUACUGAGUUUGAAGGAGAUCUUAGCUUGAAGCAAUGGGUGAGUUAUUCACUCCCCGAGGCAGUAAUGGACGUUGUAGAUGCCAAUUUGGUAACAGUACCAAUGGACAAUUGCUUACAGAAGGAGCUAGAUGUUGUGGCAUCAAUCAUGAAAGUGGCAUUAGAUUGUUGUGUUGAAUCUCCGGCAAGAAGGACAAACAUGAAAGAUGUUGUAGGGAUGCUACAGAAGAUCAAGAUUCAACUUCUUACAUGUUGAGCAUUUUCUCAGAAUCUCUUGU